AUGGGUGGGUCUCCUCCCUGCGGCGAUUCAGUCAGAGCAGUCAAAGAUUACAGGCGACAAGCUGUCACCUCCAAACGAUGGCCCUCGUCAAUUGAAGACGACCAUCAGAUAACAUUUUCCAACGCCGAUACACGGGGCAUCCAUAUGCCUAACAACGACCCGCUCCUCGUGGAUAUCGGGAUCGGAGAGUGCCAAGUCACCAAGGUCUUGAUCGACACCGGGAGCUCGGUCGAUCUUAUCUUCCGCCACACGUUGGAUAAAAUGGGCGUUGACCUAAAAAACAUGAAACCAUCCUCUCGAACCCUCACUGGAUUUAACGGAGCUUCAGAGCAGAUGCUCGGUACUAUCCGCCUCCACGUCCACGCUGGAGACGUCGUUCGGACGGUGAAGUUCUCCGUUAUACAAGCCAAAGCACCGUACAACGCGAUCCUUGGUACUUCCUGGCUCCAUGCAAUAAAAGCCAUCCCGUCGUCUUAUCACCAAUGCGUCAAGUUCCCAGGAAAGGACGGCAGCAAGCAAACCAUCCGUGGAGACCAGCAGGCCGCAAGAGAAAUACUCAUUGCAACAGUGAAACUCCAGCAGUCCGCGUCCCUUAUUAACUCUGUAUCCAAACCUAUCCAUAAGGUAUAUCCUCAGAAAGAAGAGAUCCGCGAGGUCCCGCUUGACAUCGACGAUCCGACGAAGGUCGUACGCAUCGGUGCGUUCCUCUCGGACGAAAUGCAAUCCCAGAUCAUCAUCUUCCUCCGAGACAACGCUUCGACGUUCCCUUGGUCGGCUUCAGACAUGAAGGGGAUCGACCCAACUAUAACUUCACAUGAGUUAAACGUUGAUCCCACUUUCAAACCUAUCAGGCAAAAGAGACGGAAACUCGGGCCCGACCGAUCGAAAGCAGUCAACGAGGAAGUAGACCGUUUACUCGCAGCUGGAUCCAUCACCGAAGUACGGUAUCCCGAUUGGUUAGCAGACCUGGUUGUCGUCAAGAAGAAGAACGGAAAGUGGCGCGUCUGCGUCGAUUUUACUGACCUCAACAAGGCAUGCCCAAAGGAUAGUUAUCCGCUCCCCCAUAUCGAUCGACUAGUCGAAUCUACCGCGGGCAACGAACUACUUACUUUCAUGGACGCCUUCUCGGGGUAUAAUCAAAUCAUGAUGCAUCCCGAUGACCGAGAGAAGACAGCUUUCAUUACCGACCAAGGAACCUACUGCUACAAGGUCAUGCCUUUCGGACUGAAAAAACGCUGGAGCGACUUACCAGCGCCUCGUCAACAAAAUGUUUGCCGACAGACUGGGUAA